UCCAUAAACAAGUCAAGUCCAUUUUCAAAAAAGAAACAUGAAUUUACAUCUAACUGAAUUAGCGUGUAAUUUAAUCAAAACAGAUAUCUGCAUAAUCAGUUUAUUCUUCAGGUAAAAUGAUCAGACGCUGUUUAACUCUGUAGUUUCCGUUUGUGGUGUUGUUUCCUCAGCUGCUUUAUUUCCACCGCCCUGUGAGCCCCUGAACGCAGCUCGGUGUUGUCCGGUGUCAUGGCGGCCCAGGUGCCCGGUCGGUGCUCGUACUUCGUGCAGAAGAAGAACCGUUUCUGUAAGAUGGUUGUGGGAAAAGGGAAGCUGUUCUGCGGAGAACACGCCAACAUGGAGGGGGCGGGCAGCAGGAGGAUUGUGUGUCCAUUGGACCCCAAACACACCGUGACUGAAGACAAACUGCAGAAGCAUCUGAAGAAGUGUAACUCCAGAGAGAAGCCCAAGCCUGUUUAUUUUGUGGAGAACAUAAAUGCCGGAUCAGCUGCCGGAGACGAGACGCUUCAUCAGGUGAGUCUGUCGGAACGCAGCAGGUCAGAGGUGGAGUCUCUGCUGGACAAACUGAAGACGGUGGUCAAAGGUCUGCAGUGUGACCUGGAGGACAGAGUUCUGUCUCAUCCCGUCCUCCACGAUGAACUCAACAACCCAAAGAAUGGAGACUCCGCCUACAAACACCUGAAGCAGCAGUCCUCCAUCUUAGGUCACCUGGAGGCGUUGGGGCUGCUGGGAAGGGGGCGGUGCUUCGUAGAGUUCGGCGCAGGUCGAGGAAAAUUGUCUCACUGGAUCCACGAGGCGCUGAAGACCUGCGACGGGCCAAAGACCUGCGAUGACCUACAGCUGCUGCUGGUGGAGCGCUGCAGCACUCGCUUUAAGGUUGAUGGGAAGCAUCAGGAGGACAGCGUUUCGUUCGAGAGGCUGCAGGUCGACAUUCAGCAUCUGGAUCUGAGUAAAGUUCCUCUGCUGCAACACAGGAGCCUCCCAUUGGUCGGAGUAGGGAAACACCUGUGUGGAGCAGCGACAGAUCUGGCUCUACGCUGUCUGUUGGAAACACCAGGACCCAGAGAUGCAACUGAACCACCCCAGAAACGCCUCAAACCAUCCGAACCAGCUGAGCUAAGACCAGGGGAUGAUCCAGGAACGGCACCAGCAGACUCUGGUCCGGGUCCCGGUCCAGUGUUGGGCCUGGCGGUGGCGCUGUGCUGUCACCAUCGCUGUGAGUGGCGUCACUACGUCGGGCAGCAGUUCUUCCUGGAGCGAGGACUCGGAGCUGCUGAGUUUUCUGCCUUCUGUCGGAUGUCCAGCUGGGCCACAUGUGGACUCAGACCGACCAAUCAGGACCGCUCCCCGCAGGAUCCGACCAAUCAGAGAGGAGACGAUGAAGAGCAUGAACCAGCAGAAGAGACAGACUCCGUUAACAGGUUUGUUGCAGCAGCAGACCGGCAGCAGGUCGGCCAUCUCUGUAAGCUACUGAUUGACUGUGGCAGACGUCACUUCUUGAAGACUAAAGGCUUCAGCAGCAAACUGAGCCGGUACGUCUCCGCUGAUGUCACUCUGGAGAACGUUCUACUGACCGCUGAACCUUCAUCCUCCUCCUCCUCCUCACUCUGAUGUUCAGCUGCAGUUCAAGGAGAAGUGUUGUUUUCUGUUUUCUGCCACAGUAAUUGAAUCUUUGCAUUUUGACGCCAUCUUGGAAUUUUCUGAUCCACAUGAUUCAUCUGUUAUAGAGAUGUUCUAAUCAAGUUUUUUAUACCCCUGAUCCAACCAGAGCCAAUUAGUAUUCAGUAUCUGCAGAUACAGAGUUCCAAUCCGAUAACAUUUUCCUCCAUAAACACUUCAAGUACAUUGAAGUUAUUAAAAUCAAUCCAGUGUAUCUGCUUACCAACCAAAUGUCUCUGUAAUGCAUUAAGAAAACCCUGCAUCUCUACCUCCAGUCUGUUCCUUAAUGUUCUGUCGAUGGAACCUUGUAGUAAAGUUCUGAUAGAACCCUGUCUAAAUGUAGAGUUAGAGGCUACAUGAUGUCAGUAAAUGGAUCAUAGACCAGCUGUAGUACCUGGUUGUUCCACCAGGUGGAGCCUCUUCUUGUUUAAACUCGUAGAGACUAGAAUAGGUGUCACUCAGUCUACAGUUCAUGUUGGCAGCAGAGAGCAUUCUGGGAGUUUAGCAGCAACGGGACCAUGACAGAGACUCUGAGGAGGUUGAUGACCUCCAACCAGAACUGAUGGGUUUAAGACAUGCUGGAAUCAACCAGAACAGAGGUCCGUAUCACUGUGAUUACUGAUUGGAAAUACUGCUAAAUACUGAUUAUAAAAUAAUCAUAAACUAGCAUCCCACCGCAGAUUGUGCACACAUGUGACAGAAGACGUAAACUACAGAUCGGACAGAGGUUUGAUACACAUCAGUUAAAACAAUGUGUUGAUUAUCUACGACCCUCAUCCCUGAGAUUUGAUCAGAACAUUCCUCAUCAUCACAGUAAAAUCUGCAGCUGACUGAAAUAAGAAAAGCAGAUUUGUGUUUCUGAAAAAACUUUUUAUUGUUUUACUAAAAUGAAAAUCUUAACCAGACUGAAUGUGUUCAAAUGUUUUGUAAAGUUUGUAUUAAAGCCUUUUCAGUUUCCUGUUUCAGUAAACGUCA